UAUUUCCUUAUCUGCGUCUCCAUCUAGAACGUUAGGCUUAGUGUUGUCACUUUGUGCCCUGCUGUGCUCGGCACUGUCCCUGGCACACAGUGGGCACUCGGUCCUCGUCCGCAAGGAAGAAGGAAGCUGCCUGGUCAGCGUUGAGAGCCUGGGGCCCUGUGGGCGACAGCAGACUCCGGGCCCCGUCUUGUUCUUCCGCCCGGCGCCCGGGCAACUCACUUCCUGGCCCUGUGCCUCAGUGUUGCAUCUGCCCAUUGGGAAGUCGGGGCGCCGUGCACCUGAGACGGCCCCUCCACGGGAGCCCCCUGGCUUCCGCCCGUUUUCGGAAAAGAUCCUCAUUGGCCUUGCCCCGACCUCUCGACCUCCCCCCAUCGGCUCCGCGGAGGGGAAGGAGGGGUGCGCCCGGGGCCCGCCUGGAGGCGGCGUCAGAGGCCCCGGGAGGAUGGAGUCCGCCCGUUCUCCAGAAUGAGGAAGGAGGGCCCGGUGGGGCGCUGCGGGGACGCUCACUGCACCCUGUGGUUGGGCCCUUCCUCCCGGCACCCCGCCCUCCCCGGGGGGCACCCGCCCUCAACCAGUUUGGCAGGGCAGGCCGGGUCUGGAGAUGGGCGGGGAGCCCUGAGCCUCCGCGCCUUCCUGGGCGCCUCCUCCCGCCCCCAGCCGCCCGCCCCGCGCCCGCCGGACACCCAGGCCUCGCCGGGCGCUCGAGGCCGGGGAGUCGGCGUCCCCGGGGGUGACCCCCCCCCCCAAGAAGGGUGCGCGGCCCCGGUACGCCCGACGGCCGUCCGGGCGGGGAGCCCUCCCCGGGGCGGGGCCAUGCCGCCUCGUGCCCGCUGAGGCCCCCACCAUGGCCCGCUCGCUGACCUGGUGCUGCUGCCCCUGCUGCCUGACCGAGGAUGAGAAGGCGGCGGCCCGGAUCGACCAGGACAUCAACAGGAUCCUGCUGGAGCAGAAGAAGAGGGACCGCGGGGAGCUGAAGCUGCUGCUUCUGGGCCCCGGCGAGAGCGGGAAGAGCACGUUCAUCAAGCAGAUGCGCAUCAUCCACGGGGCGGGCUACUCGGAGGAGGAGCGCAAGGGCUUCCGGCCCCUCAUCUACCAGAACAUCUUCGUGUCCAUGCAGGCCAUGAUCGAGGCCAUGGACUGGCUGCAGAUUCCGUUCAGCAGGCCCGAGAGCAGGCACCACGCCAGUCUGGUCAUGAGCCAGGACCCCUACAAAGUGACCACUUUCGAGAAGCGCUGCGCGGUGGCCAUGCAGUGGCUGUGGAGGGACGCCGGCAUCCGGGCCUGUUAUGAGCGUCGCCGGGAGUUUCACCUGCUGGACUCGGCCGUGUACUACCUGUCCCACCUGGAGCGCAUCACUGAGGAGGACUACAUCCCCACGGCACAGGACGUGCUCCGGAGCCGCAUGCCCACCACCGGCAUCAAUGAGUACUGCUUCUCCGUGCAGAAGACCAACCUGCGGAUCGUGGACGUCGGGGGCCAGAGGUCGGAAAGGAAGAAGUGGAUCCACUGCUUUGAGAACGUGAUCGCCCUCAUCUACCUGGCCUCGCUCAGCGAGUAUGACCAGUGUCUAGAGGAGAACAACCAAGAGAACCGAAUGAAGGAGAGCCUGGCCCUGUUCGGCACUAUCCUGGAACUGCCCUGGUUCAAAAGCACGUCCGUCAUCCUCUUCCUCAACAAAACUGACAUCCUAGAGGAGAAGAUCUCCACCUCCCACUUGGCUACCUACUUCCCCAGUUUCCAGGGCCCGAAGCAGGACGUGGAGGCAGCCAAGAAGUUCAUCCUGGACAUGUACACUAGAAUGUACGCCAGCUGCGUGGACAGCGCCGACGAGGGCAGGAAGGGUCCGCGCUCCCGGCGACUCUUCAGCCACUACACGUGCGCCACGGACACGCAGAACAUCCGCAAGGUCUUCAAGGACGUGCGGGACUCGGUCCUGGCCCGCUACCUGGACGAGAUCAACCUGCUGUGAGCCAGGCCCCGCUGCCCCCGGGCUCAGACCCGCGCGUGGCAGGCGGGACCUGCGGGCGGACCCGUGCUCAGGGAGCCCAGAUGCCGCUUGUCGCUGGGCCCCAGGUCCAGGUGGCCGAAGGGCUGUGAGUGAGUCAGAGGUUGACGGCGGCGGGUCGUCGUCCCCCUCCUGUCUCUGCCCCUCGCUAGGACAGCCCCUGGGUUUGCCCCCCCCCCCCUUGACUCAGUUUACCUCCUCGGAAAGGGAGGGCAAGGGCCACUUGGGAUGCCAGGGUGGGGGGAAAAGUGGGGCGAGCAGAGGAUGUAGGAUCUCUCCUGGGCAGAGGCCGGGACCUCCGCGGAGGUGCUGCCCCAGCCCCGUGAUGCGGGAGUGGGCCUUCCAUCGAGGGACCGGACUCUGGCGCCCCCUAGCGGACAGGAAGCGGCACCGACCCGCUGAGGCCUGGGUGGCGCGGGGACUUCCUGUUCCCGGCUGGAAAAGCGCCCCGGAGAACGCUGUCCCUUUCACGAUCUGAGGCUCACAGCGUGUCCUGCCCUGUUUACAGACGAGGGAACCUGAGGCCCACAGGCAUCCCCCCGCUUCCCAGGCUGGGGGCCGGGCGCACCGCAACAUCCCUUCUGUAUUUAUUCCCUCCCCUUCUGUGGCGCCCCUCGCAGGACAUUAAAGAAACGACAUUCUGGACACCUGUGGUUUCUUAGGGUCGUCCUGUUUAUCACUAUGCAGCCCCUUCUCGGGGCGCCUGUCCCAGGCGGGGUGGCACCACGGAGCAGGAGGGAAGCGAUCGUGUGGACGUGUGGGACGCGUCAGCCCACCCUGUGUUGUUACCCGAAAAUUCCGGGAGCCCCCACCCACCUCGGAUGAAGGUGAAGGUUCAGACGUCGAUGGCUCCACUUACCCGGGACCGCGGUCUCCCGCCACCCUCAGGGCCCGGCGGGUCACAAGCCAGCCCACCUCUGCUUUCCGAUGAGGAAACCGAGGCACAGAGACACGGAAUCAUCUGACGAAGGCUCCAGCCUGCGAGAUGG